AUGGACUACAGCACCGGUUAUGAAAACACCGACGAGCUUGGUGCCGUUGUCAAGAUAUUUCAUGCCGAUUCUGUGCAUGUAAACUUCGAGCUCAGCAAUGUCGAUCUGUCACUAGCCAACUCCAUCCGACGCGUCAUGCUUGCCGAGAUCCCGACAGUAGCAAUAGACAACUGCGAGAUUAAAGAGAACACGAGUGUCUUGGCCGACGAGUUCAUCGCCCAUCGUCUCGGCCUUGUUCCACUCUCCGCCCGCGGCGCCAGCGAACUCGUCUACGCCCGUGACUGUGACUGCGAGCAGUACUGUGAAAAUUGCUCCGUCAUCAUCACAAUCCACGCAAAAUGUGAAAGCGAGGACCCCAACUACGUCAUGAAGGUUUACGCACGCGACAUGGUCGUCGACGGCAGGCGGGUCAACCAGUCGGUCGGAACCCCCGUCAUCACAGAUCCGGAUGGACUCGGUGUCAUCUUGUUCAAGCUCCGAAGAAAUCAAGAGGUGCAUAUUCGCUGCGUAGCCAAGAAGGGAAUCGCCAAGGAGCAUGCCAAAUGGUGUCCGGCUACGGCCAUCGGCUUUGAGUACGACCCUCACAACAAGCUGAGGCACUUGGAUCUCUGGUAUGAGAGUAACGCCAAGGAGGAGUGGCCGUUGAGCGAGAACGCGAUCCGCGAGCCUCCACCGCAGGAAGGAGAGCCUUUUGACUACGAUGCCGUUCCGAAUCGCUUCUACUUUGACGUUGAGACCUGUGGCAGUCUUGACCCCGACGUCAUAGUACAGGAGGGCCUCAGGGUUCUGCAGGAAAAGCUGGCGAACCUUGUCAUGCUGAUCGAAAAGACGGACGAGUCGAAGGGAAUGGGUGGCGAUGCGGACUACGACAUGGGCGGUGGCGCAGGAGGUGACUGGGGUGGUUACAAUACAGUCUACGGCGGCGCGCACGGGGACCAGACAGCUUACGGAAAUGACCCGUAUGGUGGUGGUUCUACUUCCUAUGGGCACUAG